AUGAAGGACACGUUGCGAGAUCCCCUCAAAGGCUGGAGAACUUCCUUCCCCGCCGCCCUCCGAUCCUCCAUCUUAAAACUCAAGCUCCCUCUCGCCUUCUGCGCCGUCGUCUCAAUUUCCCUCCUCCUCUACUCCGCCUUCCCGACCCGACCCGCCCUCAAUCUCCACAACAAACCCAACCCGGUCUCCCGCCUCCACGUCGCCACCAAUCCGGCGCCGCCGCCGACGAACCUUUCCCACAUCGUCUUCGGCAUCGCCGGCUCGUCCAGCUCCUGGAACCUCCGCCGCCACUACUCCGCCCUCUGGUGGCGCCCCAACGUCACCCGGGGACACGCCUGGCUCGACGCCGAGCCUCCUCUGAACGAAUCCUCCCCGUCGGCGUCUUCUCCGCCGCACAGAGUCUCGGCGGACACCUCGAGAUUCAAGUACACCAGCACGUACGGGUCCCGGUCGGCGGUGCGGAUCGCGAGGAUCAUCAAGGAGAGCUUCGAAUUAUUGGAGACGGAGGAGAAGAAGCAGAACGUCAGGUGGUUCGUGAUGGGCGACGACGACACCGUUUUCUUCCUCGAGAAUCUUGUCACCGUGCUCGCGAAAUACGACCACGAACAGAUGUACUACGUCGGCUCGAAUUCCGAGAGCGUGGAGCAGGACGUCAUCCACUCGUACGACAUGGCCUACGGCGGCGGCGGGUUCGCCGUCAGCUACCCUCUCGCCAGAGAACUCGUCAGGGUCCUCGACGGCUGCAUCGAUCGAUACGCGUCGUUUUACGGGUCCGAUCAGAAGGUCCAGGGAUGCAUGACCGAGAUCGGCAUCCCCUUGACCAAAGAGCUCGGCUUCCACCAGAUGGACAUAAGGGGGAACCCGUACGGGCUCCUGGCGGCGCACCCGGUGGCGCCGCUGGUGUCGCUGCACCACCUGGACUACCUCCGCCCGAUUUUUCCGAACACGACACGGAUACAGGCUGUCCAGAAGCUGAUGGAGUCGUACGCGCGGGACCCGAGCCGGGCCCUGCAGCGGAGCUUCUGCCACGACCUGCGGCGGAACUGGACGGUGUCGGUGUCGUGGGGUUACACGGUGCAGCUGUACCCGUCCCUGGUGACGGCGAAGCGUCUGGACGCGACGAUCCAGACGUUCAAGACGUGGAGGACGUGGAAGGAGUCUCCGUUCACGUUCAACACCCGGCCCGCCGCCGCCGGUUCAAACGCGCGUGAUGAGGUGCCGGUUCUGUAUUUUCUCGAUAGUGUUGGUGAGAAUGUUGGUGGUGGGGAGGGUAGGGAGAGCCUGACCACGUAUAAGCGACACGUGGCGGGGCUCGAGGAGGGGAAAGUCCGCAGCACAGGUGAACAACAAGGUGAUCGGGUGCUUGCGGGCGUCCGAGCCGUCCACGUGGCGGCUUCGACGAUGGAUCCAAAGACUUGGACUAUGGCGCCACGAAGGCAGUGUUGCGAAGUGAUCGACGGCGGCGAUGGAGCGGACAGCGGCGUUGUACGAGUCAAGGUGAGAGGGUGCAAUCCGUUUGAAAGUGCGACCUUACCGUAGAAAAUGGACCGGGUGGACGUCAACGUUGAUCGACCGGUGGAGUGGGAGACGAGAAACAGGAAACAUUUGAUUUGAGUGCGUGUUGAUUAGACAGCACAAUUUUUCCAAUAGUGCAACAGAGAGAGAGAGAGAGACUCUACUGCCGUUUUGGCAUCUUUUUAGACUGCGUUUGCUAUAAUUGUUGCAUGUAAAUACAUCGCCA